AUGAAGAAGUUGAAGGAAGAUUUGACAAAAAAACUGGAGGAAAAGUGUCCUGAGGGAAAAUUUGAAGUCAUUCCUGUCACUUUUGACUAUGGGAUGAACACUGAGGACCCCAUCAGUAAAGCAUUUUUCUAUCGCAAGGAUAACCCUGACAAAGGAAUCCCAAUCUCCAAAUCAAAGGUGUCGAAGCUUCUCCCAGAGCGCUUUUCUGACGAGACACUUAGGGUUUACUGGAAGAACCGUAAAGUCAUACUAGCCAAAGAAAACGAUAUCAAGAAAGCUUUCAAGGACUGGUGCAAGGACUAUGGCUUUGAGGAUGUGGAAGAGGAGGAUAACACUGACCCCAACACUAGUUGAGCAACUCCAGGAAAUGACCAGACGAUCUCAACAUGUGAAAGAUUCAUGUAUCAAGUUUUUGUGUGACUGUAGGGAUUUUAAUAUGGGUGUUUUGAAUCUGGCAAUUAAUGUAGUUUGGAGAUUUUAAAUAUUUCUGUUUGUUUGUUUUUCUUAUCUUAACCAUCUGAUUUAUUCUAGAUAUGAAAUUUUAUCAAAAUAUUACAUGCUGAAUGACUUUCAAUCUGUUUUUUGUGAUUGAUACAAACUGAUACUAAGUACUUCCUGCAACAAUUCCCUCAAAAUGUAUCAAUAUGAAACAAACUCUUGAUAAUCUAAAGUGAGUCAUUUAUUGUAAUGUUUCGACUACUUAUUGCACAUUUUCACAAGAAUCACACUAAAUAGAUUGUGUUGUUUCAAAACAUGCAGUUUUGGGUAGCAUUAUGAUUUGCUUCUUGUGUGAAUAUUCAUUAUUUUUCAUGUCAUCGCUAAAUGAAAAUCUACAAAGGUUACAAUCUUUUAGCUGCUUUCCUAUUCCAAUUUGUUUACCGCUGAUUUCAGGUAAAUUCAAAAUAAAGCUCUUUUUCCCUCA